GAUAUCUUCGUUGCAAGCGCAAAAAAAUGCUAUGAAAAAAUCUGACUUCAACACGUUUAUCCGACAUCCUCCAUUCGAUCAAUUUGUAUACCAACAAUCAUUCAAGAUCCCUUGUCGAAAAGGCCAUGGGAAAAUCUAGCAACGCGCAAUAGUAUUCAUCCCAUGUGCCCUAUCAACAGUUUGUUACAAACAAUUUUCAUUUGUCCUAAGGAGUUUCAAAUUUCAAAGAGUGCUUCUAGAAUUCAAAACGGCAACUAGUUAACAGAUUUCAAUCGCAGUCAACCUUUUCACUCUCCACAACAUUGGAAACAAUGUCGAAGUUUAUACACAACAUGGUAGUACCACCCGAAAUCAAGACAGGACUCGCAGAUCUAAAGGCUUACCUGGAAAACAAUCCAUUAUCAUGGCAACAGCCUGCGCAGCGCUGGGCAAUUGGAGCGAUGCUUGGGAGGUUCAAUGGCCUUCUUACCGAUUGCAUGGACUUUGAUAUCCUUCAGAAUAAGGAACUCUUGGAGACCUUCUUCCAUUGCUCUAAAACUAUCACUUCAUCGAUCGAAAGCGUCGGAAUUGAGGCAAUUGAUACACUCGAUAAAUCAAACACGGAACCAGAAAUGCUAUCUAAGGUUUUCGAAAAUGCUGAAGACUCCAGUGUUCCACAAGCGUCAAAUACUGCAGGGUCGGAAAUUGAUCAAAAACAAGACUCCAUCUUGGAAGAUACUCCAAGUCUUACGGGUUCUCGAUCUAGCGUUGGUCUAUCAGAAGAUAUAGAUCAUCUUAUUACUCGGCACUCCGAAAACCAACUGAGCCUUGACCCCACUAAAACUUCAGACGAAAUUCCAACCAAUACAGAUGAAUCUUCGAUUGUGUACGGUGAAUCACACGGAGUCGAGGGUACUACGUAUGUCAAGACGACUUAUACAGCAGAGCCUGAUGAGCCCCCUAAGAUGGAGAAGAAGAACAAGAACAAGAAGAAAUCCAAAAAGAAGAAGAGUAUGACUAUAGACGCCACAGAAGAAGCAAUUCUAACGUCAAUUGAGAUCAGUAAUAGUCCAACCUUGGUCCUUCCGAUAGUAAAAGACUAUGUAUCACCGGUCAGUCUCAUGCCAGAUCGCCUUAUGGCCCCAUCGGACGCUGAAGCGAGUAGUACAAGUCAAGCAGUAGCCACAACCACGUUCUCUGGGGCGGGUCGGGCCGCCCCCUCGGGGGGGCUGGAUGCAACAUUUUCGAGAUUCAAGUUGGAAAAGGCUCUUGAAGCGCUAAGAUUGAUGCCGAUAGAAGAUUCAAGACAGCAGUCAGUCAGAGAUCUAAAAACUGAGCAUCAGAAAACUUUGGCCGAUCUCACAAAAAAACACGAAGCGAUCAAGUUUGAGAACAAAAAUCUGAAGGCGGACCGCAACAAGGAGCUGGAGAAACUUCGGAGAGAGAAUUUGGUAUUGCGUGAGAGGUCAUCAGGUCUUGACCAGGAGAUGACUCAACUGCGGACGGAACUUCAUUUGCUGAAAUCCAAAGUCGUAAUGGAAGAAUCGCGGGUACCACCAGAAGUUGUACCUGGACAUGCAGAGGAAUUGGAAUUUAUAAUACGUCAUCAAUGUCAUAUCAUAGCUUACGAGAUCUUCCCUGAGAUGUGGGAUGAAGUCAACAGAGCAGAGGAGAAAGAUGACGACGAGAAGUCCUCUACCAGACUCAAAUUUGUGUUCAAGACCCCGCAAGGCAAACCAUCUUGGGACAUUACGACUUACCCCUAUAUGUCAGAGGGUGCAAGGAAGCUGUGCAAAGUCAUGAAGAAGAUUCGAGUGAGCAACGCCAUUCUUGGCACAAGAUGCCAAUGGUAUUGGAAUCAACUUCAUGAGGUAGCACAAGCUAAGAGAAAGACUUUGACGUCUCUGCUGAAAAUGGAAAAUUCCGCCAUUUUGUAUGAAGCAGAAACUUUUGAUCUCAAGGAACAGAUAAGAAAUCUUGAGAAGUCUUUGAAUAUCAGAAAGCGUUCCCCAGGAGUUCGAAUAAUGAAUAUCGAAAAGAAAGUCAUGCAGAAGAAAUUCGGUAUCUUGGAGUUGACAAUAAGCGAGCUCAAGGAUGAAGUUUACAGCUUAAAGCGAUGCAUCAGUAAGCUUAAUGAAACGAAGAAAACACUCCUAGAGAACUCAGCAACAGGAGAAUUGCGCCAAACCGCGGAACUUGAAGAGGCGAUUUGUAAAGAGCAAUCAAAGACUAAGAGGUUCAGUUCCAAGAUACAAGAGCUACAAGGAAAGGUCAAAGCGCUUGAGAAGGAGCGUGCUACAGUAGAACCCCUCAUUGAGAUCGGAGUGGCAGUCAGAAAAAGGUUUUUUGAGCAAGCCAAACAUGCAGUCUCAUUAGGUGAGAUAUUUAGUCGUCCCGAUCACAAGAUCAUCCAAGAGGGGAACGAUCGCUGUCACCGAGCAUAUUGCUUGACCGAUGCAGCUCUUUUCAAACUUUUCUAUCUAUCAGGAUCCACAAACGAAGCUAUUUACAACAAAAUCUACCAUGUUAAUUCGCACGCAGCUGUCAUGAACUUCCCCCUAAAGUUGUGCCAGGCAUUAGACAGCAAUGCUAGUAUCAAAACUGUUCGAGUCAUAAAUGAUAGUAUAACUUCUCAAGAGCUUCGCACAGAAGCGGAGCAAUUGUUCUUUUCUAUCAUUGAAUGCUGGAACGCGAAUCUCCAAGAAGAUAUAUUCGAUGCGAAUGAGGAGGUGUCAGGCUGGUUGUCUCAAUUACAUGAUCUUGAGAAACAGAUUAUAAGAAUUGAUGGAAGCAAGGAGUAUCGUGGUUAUGCCGAGGAAUUUAACGAUGGGGAAGAAACAAGCCAUUCUGAGGCUUGUGGUUGGGGUAUUGGUGAGCCUGGUGAUAUGGCAGGCGCUGAUGAUUGGUGUACUGGACAGUCUGGUGGCAUGAUAGACACUGGCGACUGGAGAAGCACCCACUAGGCUAGGAAAACGCCUCAUCUUCACUGAAUAGCGGCUAAUUUUUCUUAUAGUUCUGAGUGGGUACUGUCUUCGGAACAUCCGAAUAGAUGUACCUAAAGUUUGCAUUUGCAUUUUCACAGACCUGAGUUAAGAACUUAUGUCUCGGGAGUUGUUUGAACGUAUCGCAAGUACUUUAAUUCACAUAUACUGAGGAUCACAUUGUAGUUGCAAGCAAAAUCACGUAUCGUAAUAGAUUUCAUCAGAAGAUAGUUGCUUGGCGUUUGUAUGAAAGCCAUAUGAAUUUUAGUUUCACUAGACUGAAGCUCUUGCUACUCUUAAUUAAUACCAUGUUAUAAUGUACCAAUUCCACA